UCACUCUGACAGCCAACGAUAGCUCCGUUCGACCAUCGCCAUUCCUAUCGCACAGGGGCUCGUGAGAUUCUCGGCAGUUGAAAAUUUUUCGUCGUACUCUCGGAACAACAAAGCGACAAAUCGUCAGACAGCAGCAACAUGUCCGCCUACAAGCUGGAGACCGCCCCGUUCGAUCCACGGUUCCCUAACCAGAACGUGACCCGCUACUGCUACCAGUCGUAUAUCGACUUCCACCGCUGCCAGAAGAAGCGCGGCGAGGACUUCGCGCCCUGCAACUAUUUCCAGAAGGUCUACAAGUCGAUGUGUCCCAACGCCUGGGUGGAGAAGUGGGACGACCAGCGCGAGAGCGGCACAUUCCCGGGCCGCAUCUAAAUCCGGCCACCGCAUCCCGACCCCAAACACAGGACACGAACGAUGGGCGGACGUAAAGGAGCGUGGCAACCAGAAUUCGGCAAUUGCAACCAUUUCGACAGCGACUAGUUCAUGUUUGUGCUUUCCCGAGCGAUGAAUGCAGACCAUCAUCGACAAAUACAAAUACACAAAUGUUCAAUUAUCUGAAUUCUGAAUCGACUGUUUGUUUCUUCUUAAUCUUGCUGCUGGCCGAAAAGGAAUUCGAAACAGAUCCGCGCAACUGUAUUCCGAUGUGUUAUUAAUUAAUAAAAUAUUAGUCACGAAGA